CUUUCGCUGCUUUUCCAUGAGCCAUAUUUCAGGUCUGCGGCGCAAUCUAAAGGCACUUUUUUACGCUGCAACCUUCAAGGAAAAGCUAUUGCCUAUUUAGAUCCUUAUGGCUUUAAUGACUUUAGUCGCUCUCUACAAGCUGAAAUGAGGAUCUAGCUUCUUGAUCUGCUCUGCCUGCUCAGCUUCCUUGAUUUCCAGCAAGACUUCCGCUGUGACUGGCUUUCCAACUGGAAAAAUUGAAUUGAGAGAUGAUGGAAUGCUAUCCAGGAAGAAAUUAUCAUGAUUUUUUACUUGGUGCACUUGGAUUUCAUAAUGACAUAUUGGGAGUGCCUGAUUUUCAUCUGCUUUCGUUACAAACCGCCGUACUAUUAUGUAAAUGGACAUAUACGGCGUUGAAGAAAAAGACACACAAUCAGAUUUACAAAAUGAUUCGUUUUCGCGUUUCUUGCGUCUCUCCUUACGGGUUUUCUAUAUUGUACAUAUUAACCAUUAUUAUACUACACGUGCCUAGUUGAUUGGCUCGCUCUAUGAGCUCAUGUAGUAACGGAC